UAUGACAUCACAUUGAGCUCAGUGUCACUAAUGUAUUGACUGUAUGUUCAAUGUAUGCAUUUGUCCGACAUUGCAGUUAAGGCUAACCCAUAGACCCAUUGACUGCUAUAUUCACAACACAAUAGACUCAUUGGUUCUAAAUUGCAUUCAAUUAUAUUAAUCAUAUAAUUACUAAUUAAUAGUUUUGAUUAAUAAAAAACGUUAAUUGAAAUUAGUUUUAAUAACAAAACAGUGCAAACAAUGUAUACUACAAACAACAUUGCAUUGACUUUAAUGGCACUAUCAGUGUGUUUACCAUUUGCCUAUUCAUUAAACUGUUGGGAUUGUAAUUCCCUGAUUAACGCCAAUUGUAACGAUCCAUUCAAAGAGGAUGACUUUGCAAUGGCUGAUUGCAAUCAAAAAUUUUUGCCCCAUUUUCCUAAUCAACCGGGAACUAUAUGCAGAAAAAUUGUUCAAAAAGUGAAUGAUGAAUACCGUACAAUCCGUGGCUGUGGAUAUCUCAAUGAUUUGGGUCAAGAGAUCAAACCGGGAACAGUAUUGCCCAAUGAUUGUAUCAAAAGAGCCGGUACUUUCUCGGUGUUAGUUCAGUACUGUUCCUGUAAUGGCAAAGAUGGAUGUAAUCACUCGACUCACCUAAUUGUCAGCUCUAUUACUCUCAUAAUACCAAUUGCUUUAAUAUUAUCUUAUAUAUUAUAAGAUUAUGUUUUUUCAAAUUUACCGGUUUUUCUUUACAUUCCAAUUAGUUUUUUUAAUUGCAUUUAUUUUCAGAUAUUAUAUUCUCUAAAAAAUAUGUUUUCCGGCAAAUUUCGACCCAAAAGUAUGAAAUUUAUUUUAAAAAUUUCUUAUGUUUUCACCAAAUCCUACAAUAAGAGCACA